AUGACGUCGGCGGGGCCAGGCACCCGGGGCAGCCGGCGGCGGCCGGAGACCGGAGGGCGCGGGUGGCGCGGGUUGGGUGUUGCCAAGGGAUCUGCAGGCUCCCGGCCAGUCGGUGUUCGCGCUGGCGUCCAGCCCUCGCUGCUCUCCCAGUCCCAGCCCUGGCCUCCACUGGCACCGUCGUUUCCUGUCUUUACUCUCCAGCCGGUCUUUACCCUUCCGCCUUUCCUCCGCGUCCCAGUCCCGGUCGACUUGCACGCGCACGCGCACUCAUACACGUACGUCGAUGCCCCUCGUGCCCGGAUCACCGAUCCAUUUCCCCUCUCCAUAUGGGCGCCCCGAUGCUGUAAAACAUUCACUGACCCCCUCGCGUUAUUUUUCCAUUCCAGAUUCGUCUCGUCGCUCGCCCCACGUGUCGCUCCUUUGCACACACACCCUCUCCCUUUCCUCUCUCUCCUCCACCACCGUCCGUUCGUCCGUCCGUCCAUCCCCCUCCACCUCGGUGCCCCGCCCCCCCCGCACGUGUCUGCCCCACCGCCCCCACAUCCUCACGCCCAAAAUCUGCCGCCUCAACGCCACGACAGCACCGCGCGUCCCACCCUCGUCUCUUUCGUUUGGGCGAGAAGCCAGAACAUUCGUGUAUCCGUUCAUCCCGUAACGCGCUCUGCUGAACCUCCUCAUCUGCUACCGACCGCCCAGCCCCUCGCACUCGCACACGCGCACGCCCCGUACGUACCCCGCCGCUCGCAUCCUCACGCCCCAUCCCACCCUGACCUCGUCCCCCUUUAG